AUGGCUACCACAAUGUGCCAGUGCCUGGGCUUCACCGUUGCUUCUCUGGGCUUUACUGGGACAAUUAUAGCCACUGCCUUGAACAUGUGGAGCACUGAGGAUCUGGGUCAGGACCUAGUGACUAGUGUGUACAACUACAUGGGGCUGUGGAAAACCUGCGUGCAACAGUCAUCGGGCUUCACAGAAUGUCGCCCCUUCUUUACCGUCUUAGGGCUUCCAGCUACAUUCCAAGCCGUCCGAGCUCUGAUGAUCGUCUCCAUCGUUCUCGCAUUGAUCGCUUCUCUGGUCUCCAUCUUGGCCCUCAAGUGUAUUCGACUGGGAACCAUGGACGACGCUACAAAGGCCAACCUCACACUCACUUCUGGAAUCCUGUUCAUCAUCGCAGGGGUUUGCUGUAUAGCCGGAGUAUCAAUCUACGCAAAUAUGUUGGUGACAAACUUCUGGACAGUGAACACAUCGAUGCUUGGAGCUCAGGGACCAGCUCUACAGAGAUACACGUUUGGUUCUGCCUUGUUUGUGGGAUGGGUCUCAGGAGGCCUGCUCCUUAUUGGUGGAAUCGUGAUGUGCAUUGCCUGUAAAGGGAUGGUACCUGAAGAGACUCGGUACAAUUCCACCAUUUACAAGGCACCAAGUCGAGGACAUCCCUACAAGCCCGGCUACAAAACCAGCACCCACUAUGAAGCAGAAAUGACUCCAGUAAAGAGGACCUACACUGACGACAGGUCCACCUACAAUCGCAACACCAAUGAGGAAACGAAACAAGGGAAAUACGAUUAUGUAUAAAUUUGAUGGUUUCAUCGUAACCCUGGCAUGACCCUGGGGCAAUUCUGAAAGGCAACCAUCUCUACAAGGUUCUAAUGAUAAUUCCCAGAUUCAACUUUCACCCCUCCUCUUUACCUCAUCACACUGUGUGUGCUUAAAUGCCUAUAAUGUACAGAGUGUCACAACACCUUCCUUCGGUUGACUCAGGUGGCAGGCUAGCCCAGUUACUAUACACGACCACUCACAGACUGAAUAGCCAAGCUGCACAAUGAGGACAAUCCAUCUCCAGCCAGCCUGCCUCCCCACUGAAGUUGAACAUCAACUCAAAAAUACUUUGAAAGAAACUAGAGUCUGAAUUCAUCUUUAACCAAUGAACCCCUAGGAUGGAUUACAGCACAUUAAGGUUCCCACAUAAACCACCAUAUAAAAGCUAAAGGUUAGGUAAAACUCUUCACCCAGAGAAUAAGAACAUGGUUACCAUGGUUGCUGAAUAGAUUCAAGAUACAAAUAGACAUGUUUCCUGGGCAACAAGGUGAAAGAUAAGUUUAGUUUAAUUUGUCCUCAUGGUCGGCACAGACAUCG